CAACAGUGACUGUUGGACAACCUAUUUACCUUGGUAAUUACGGACAGGCUGUGCAGCUAGUAUGCAGUGUAAGUGCCACACCCAUCCACACACAGGUUUACUGGACUAGAAUCCAGAACGGACUGCCAGUGACCAUUUCUAUGACAAACACAGCUAAAUUUAGCGGUUCUAUCGUCAGUAAUCCAACUCUUACUAUCAAUAACGUGGAUCAAAAUGAUGAAACUUAUUAUAUUUGUUAUGCAACAAAUACAGUUGGAACUGGACAGAGUCAACAGACCUAUGUAGAUGUUAUCGGAAGUCCACCUGAAAUUGCUAUUCAGUCCAAUAGGUACACUGUACUUCUCGGACAGACAGUUACUCUUGUCUGUACAAUAUCCGCUAACCCAAAUGCCACAAGUGUACGGUGGUAUAAAGUUAUAAAUGGAGUACAAACUUCUCUCUCUACCAAUGCUGGGAAAUAUAACACGCCAACUGUCAGCAGUCCUAAUCUGAUUAUCAACAGUGCUGCUCAGAGUGAUAUUGGUUACUAUGUCUGCACAGCAACUAACGUUGUCGGAACCGGAACCUCAUCUCAGACCUAUUUGGCUGUUACAGGAAAUUUACCAACAGUUACUGUAACUUUAUCAAAUUACAACGCUAACAUUGGUGCGACUGCGACUCUUGGUUGUACUGUUGUGGCCUCCCCUGCUGCCACUAAUGUAUACUGGCAACGUAUUGUUAACAAUCUACAACAAAGUAUUGAUACAACCUCCUCCAACUCACGAUACAGUGGUUCUACAGUCUCUAGUCCGUCACUCGUUAUUACUAACGCUCAGUCAUCGGAUGAAGGAAACUAUAUAUGUUAUGCUACUAAUAGCAUUGGAACUGGUAACAGUCAGCAGACUUAUCUCAACGUCAUUGGAAAUAUACCAAUAGUGACAGUUCAAGAAAGUGUGUACUCUGUCAACAUCGGAGGUAGCAUCAAUCUCGUGUCCAAUAUACAAGCCAACCCACCUCAUACCUCUGUCACGUGGCAGAAAAAUAUAAAUGGAGUAACGACAACGGUUACAAUAUCUGGGAGGUUCUCCGGCGCUGCAGUAAACAGUCCAACUCUUACAAUAUCUAAUGUCACUCUUGACGAUGAAGGCUAUUAUGUUUGUGUUGCAACGAAUAGUGUUGGAAAUGGUCAAAGUUCUCAAUGUUUUUUAGAUGUCAUCGGAAGUAUCCCUACAGUAAUUAUAGGGUCAGACUACUACCCGGUGAACUACGGAAAUACAGCAACCAUUGAAUGCAAUGCUGUUGCUACACCAACAGAAACCAGUAUAUCGUGGCAGAAAAUACAGAAUAGUUUACCAUCAACAGUAGUUAUAUCAGGGCGAUACCAGGGUGGUACCGUGUCUUCCCCUAAUUUGAUUAUCACUGAUGUGGACAAUACGGACGAGGCAUUCUACAUAUGUUUUGCUACUAACAGUGUAGGAACUGGACAAAGUUCUCAGACCUACCUCGAUGUACAAGGAACUGUUCCUUCCGUACAGAUAUUAUCCAACUAUUACUCAGUGGAGAUUUGUCUUUCUAUCACGCUCCAGUGCACCGUGACAGCUAAUCCAUCUUAUACAAACGUGACAUGGAAUAAGAUAGUUAGCGGACAGCAAACUAAUAUAGGAUCAAACAAUAGAUAUUCAGGAGGAAGUACUAAUACGCCUUCUUUAACUAUAUCGAAUGCUGUUGACACAGACGAAGGGUAUUACAUAUGUACCGCAGCAAAUGCAGUGGGUACAAGUCAAAGUGCACAAACAUAUGUAGAUGUUACCGGAAGUAUAUUGACAGUUACUGUAUCACAGUCAUCAUAUAGUGUAAAUCAUGGUCAGUCAGUACAGUUGGUAUGUACUUAUUCCGGAACUCCUGCAGUACAAAAUGUGUAUUGGCAAAAAAUCACAAAUGGCGUUCAGACAAAUAUCAAUUCUACCACUAACGCAAACAAAUAUUCUGGAUCUACAAUUGGACGCCCGUCUUUAACAAUUUUGAAUACCGAAAGUAAUGACAUAGGCUCCUACAUAUGUUACGCUACAAACUGUGUUGGAACUGGACAGAGUCAACAAACGCAGCUUUCUGUAGUUGCCAACGUACCCUCAGUAACAGUCGGACAAGGCUAUACUGUUGUUAUUGGAAACUCUAUUACCAUGACUUGUACUAUACUUGCCACCCCGUCAGCCUCUAGCGUUCAAUGGAAUAGAAUUACAAAUAAUGCACCUGUUGCAAUAAACGUUACCAGCAAUCCAACUAAAUAUUCAGGUUCUACUGUCACUUCACCUUCUUUGACAAUUUUUAACUGUGUUGAGGGCGAUGAGGGAUACUAUACUUGUCAAGCAACAAACUCUGUCGGAACAGGAACUAGUACCCAGACCUUCUUAAACGUUCAAGGCACAAUACCAGUGGUAAACAUUACCAAGUCACAGUAUAGUGUAACAGUUGGUUCGUCCGUUACCAUGGUUUGUACCGUAUCAGCAAAUCCUGUUCAUACCUUAGUUUAUUGGCAAAAAGAUGUGAAUGGAGUAGCAACAAAUAUCAAUCUCUCUCAGACGAGUAAAUACUCAGGAUCUACUAUGACAUCACCAUCUUUGACUUUACUCAAUGCUGUAAUUGCUGAUCAAGGAUAUUACACAUGUAGUGCACAGAAUAGUGUCGGAACAGGUACCAGUUCACAGAUAUUCCUGGAUGUAUCGGGAAGCGUUCCUGUAGUAACCAUACUAUCAAAUAGUUACUCUGUCAAUGUCGGAAACUCAAUCACAUUACAAUGUAGUGUGAAUGCCAAUCCAACAGCGAUAAGUGUCACAUGGCAGCGUUACAUCAAUAAUGUAGCAACGACUAUUGACAUGUCCAGCGGUCGUUACGGCGGCAGUUCAGUGGGUUCACCGUCAUUGGUAAUAAGUAAUACUGUUAUGUCAGACGAGGGGUUCUAUAUAUGUACAGCUACUAACAGUGUUGGAUCAAGGCAGAGUCCACAAAUAUUCUUGGAUGUUAUUGGAAGUAUCCCGACUGUCACUGUUCCAAUAUCUAGAUACACAGUAAACAUAGGAUCAUCAGUUACAAUUCAAUGUAUAUAUACAGCAAACCCAGAAGCUACCAGUGUUAUUUGGGAAAGGACUGUAGCCAACCAGGUCACAGUAAUAUUUACAACCAAUGAUAAAUAUGAUGGUUCUACCACACAGUUACCAUCUUUGAUAAUUAAUAACGUUGACGAGCCCGACGAAGCCUAUUAUGUUUGUAAAGUAACCAACAGUAUAGGAACUGGAAUCAGCUCUCCUAUAUUUCUUGAUGUCUUGGGCAAUAUACCUGUUGUGACAACGCCUACUGCAGCAUAUACUAUAAACAUUGGUGGUUCUGUUACCAUGGUAUGUACCGUGACCGCUAACCCACAACACACCACCGUUUACUGGCAGUAUAUAUCUGGUGGUCCAUCAACCAAUGUGAAUAUUGGAGGAAGGUUUAGUGGCUCAUCAGUCAGCUCACCCUCCCUUACAAUAUCAAAUGCACAGUUAUCAGACCAGGGAACAUAUGUUUGCUAUGCUACCAACAGUGUAGGAACAGGUCAGAGUACAAAUGCUGUCCUAUAUGUUACUGGCAGUAAUCCUAUUGUGAGUCUUACUCGAACAUCUUUUACUGGUUACUAUGGAGAUAAUAUUACACUUGGUUGUAUUGUAUCCGCAAAUCCCGCUGCUACCUCAGUUUACUGGCAGAAAGUUUUCGGAAGUACAACUUUCACUGUAGACAUGUCUAACGCCAGAUAUACUGGAUCAUCUGUCAGUACACCAUCCCUAACCAUAACUAAUCUCAAUAGUAAUGAUGCUGGGAAUUAUAUAUGUCUAGCAGCUAAUCCUGUUGGAAUUGGUCAAAGUAUGCAAGGUCCUUUAACUGUAAUUGGAAGUGUCCCUGUAUUAACAGAUGGCCAAACAGCUUACUCAACAAACAUUGGAAAUAACAUCACCCUAGCUUGUGUAGUGUCCGCUAUCCCUACACAUACUGCUGUUUACUGGACACGAAAGAUAAACAAUGGCAAUAUAGUAACUCUAAAUCCUGCUUCCUCCACAAAAUAUUCCGGAUCAACUAUACAGUCACCGUCACUGACUAUCAUUGAUGUAGACUUAUCUGAUGAAGGCAAUUAUAUAUGUCAUGCAACUAAUGCUGUUGGCACAGGUCAAAGCUCACAGGCGUUCUUAGAUGUUAUCGUUUAUAUCCCAAAUGUAACAGUGUCAAAUGUGUCCCCUGUCGAAUUUGGCAAUUCUGUGACAAUUAACUGUACAGUAACGUCAACACCCGCAGCUACUCAGAUAGUCUGGCAGAGAACUGUGAAUAAUGUCAACACAACUAUUGAUAUAAGUAGUAACAGAUACAGCGGAGGAACGACAUCUAACCCGUCUCUUACUAUCCACAAUGUACAAGCAGAUGAUCAAGGACUGUACUUUUGUCAGGCUUCAAACAUCGUGGGAACAGGAAGUAGUAAUACUGUCAACCUGACUGUCAUUGGAGAUCCACCAACAUCCAUUGCUAUAAGUCCCAGUCAAAUAACUGUAAAUGAAAGCCAGGCUAUAACAGCUACAUGUACAGCCAAAGGCAGUCCAAUAAUAACAUAUACCUGGUUUAAAGAGAAUUCCAAUACACAGUUGUCCACAGGUUCUGUUCUUCAGAUAACAUCAUCAACACGGACUAAUGCUGGAACGUACCAAUGUAGGGCUUCAAACAACUAUGGAAAUUCAAACGCAACUGUUCGAGUGGACGUUAGACAUAUACCCUAUGUAACAACAACACAGCCACCUCAAGGCAUCGUCGGACAAGCUAUUACAAUACAAUGCUCCUACGUUUCUCACCCUACAGCUACUAAUGUUAUAUGGAGUAAAGGAAACCAAGGCAUUACUGUUGAUGGUAGCAAAUACGUAGGCGGUAGCUUGUCCAAUCCUAGCCUUACAAUCAUUAAUCUGACUGCUUCUGAUGAGGGGCCAUAUACAUGUUCAGUUUUGAAUUCCAUGGGACAAAGCAAUUCUUCAUUUGUCACUCUGUCCGUUGAAACAUCAUUUUCAGACCCUGCAGCUGCAUUAAAUCCGGAUUCAACAAUAAGUACAGGCGAAAUAGUCACAAUCAUCUUAGCAUGUGUCUUUGUGGUACUGUUGGUGAUCGGAGUCAUUGUAUGCUGUUAUUGUCAAGAUAAAUGUGCGUCCUUGUGUGGCGGUAAGAAAGAAAGAAUUAGUCCACAACCAGCACCUAAGAGUAGAGAUACCUGUGUACUAUGAAGAACCUGAUGAAUCGGUUAUCUCACUCCGUAAAUUAGAAAUACCAACAUUUAAGUAUGAUAAAAAACCACCAGGUAGUGAGAUCCGUACAAAGAAUGCGUACAGUCGGCACACUGAUACGUCUUAUGACUUUGAGAUUAACAAGUCACAGAUUCUUCAGUCUGAAAAUGUUAAACAACUUGAGCAAAGAACACUCGGAAUAGACAACACAUAUUCCGAUACAACUUGCACAUACGAGGAAGAAGAAAAACGCAGAAGACGCCGGCGUAGGAAAAGAAGGAGGAACAAACUUCUCCGUGAAGAACAGAUGCGGGAGAAAGAAUGUAUUUUAGAAGAUAAAAGAGACAAAGUAAGGUAUUACAUUCCUCGGUUAGGUCAAAACGUAGAGAACUUUAUACCUUGAGGGUGUCACGUGAUCAUGAUCAUGAUAUAAUGACCAAUGAAAAGUUAGUUCGAAUAGAAGUAAUUUGACUUAUUAUAUAUAGUUUGUAAUAUUGGAAAGUUAUGAUAUUGGUAAAGAGUUUUAAUAUCUCAAUCGAUUUAUGACUUUCGAACAGCGGUAUACUACUGUUGCCUUUAUUUAUAGUUGGCAUUGUACCAGUACUGACUAAUAAAUUAAAAUACUUUAAGAUAGAAUAUGAUACUAUCUAAAUUGGUAACAGAAAGUAAAAUUACAGCUGUAAAAUAUGUGUAAUCUAGUUGUUUUAUAGUACCUUACAUUAUAGGCUUUAGAUUGUAUAGAAAUAUGUGUAAUCUAAUUGUAUGUGAUAGUACUUUAAAAUAUAGGCUUUAGAUCGUAGGGAAAUAUUUGUAAUAAAACUAUGUGUGAUAGUACCAAAACGUUUAGGCUUUAGAUUGCACAGAAAUAUGUGUUAUCUGAUUGUGUGUGAUAGUACUUAAACGUAUAGCCUUCAGAUUUAUAGAAAUAUAUUUAUUCUAAUUGUGUGUAAUAGUACCAUUAAGUAUAGGCUUCAGAUUUAUAGAAAUAUGUUUAAUCUAAUUGUGUCUGAUAAUACCUCAAAGAAUAAUAUCUAACAUUAUAUGCUUUAGAUUGUACAGAAAUAUGUUUAAUCUAAUUGUGUGUGAUAGUACCUAAAAGUAUAUGCUUUAGAUCGUAGAGAAAUAUGUUUAAUCUAAUUGUGUGUGAUAGUAUCUAAAAGUAUAUGCUUUAGAUUGUACAGAAAUAUGUUUAAUCUAAUUGUGUGUAAUCGUACCUAAAAGUAUAGGCUUCAGAUUUAUAGAAAUAUUUUUAAUCUAAUUGUGUUUGAUAGUACCAUAAAGUAUAGGCUUCAUAUUUAUAGAAUAUUUUAAAAUGCUGCACAACGACAAUCUUUUUUAUACUUUUUAUCAAUGGAUAUCGAGAUAAAAUGUAAUAGAAAUUUUAAUUUGUUUUAUCUUAUUUUGUGAGUUUUUUGCAUGGGAUUGAUAAAUAAAUCACCUGCAAUUAAAUGUGCUUACUUUUCAUUUUGAUUUCUUUGUAAUUGUUAAAAAAAACUAUAAUCCUACCAUUUUUCGUAUAUCUGAUUAAAUGCUACUAUUAUAUCAUUACAAUUUUCGUUUUCGUGUGAACUUUAAACAAAUGAGGCAUCCACCGAGAAGACCCCAUUUAUUGACUGAUUAUGCACACACACAAAACAUUCAAAUACAUGUCAAACCGAUGAUUUACAUUUUGUUCUAAUUUGUGACGUGACGUCACCAUCAAAUAGACGUGGUUGCCUGUGAAUUUUAUCUAUUUUUUUCUGUAUUUAUGUUUACAUCAGGUUAAAUGAUUUAUAGAAUUUGUGUGCGAUCAUCUCAAUUAUUAAUUAGAUCGCGAGUCUAUGCUUUGUAAAAUAUUUCUUUCAAAUUUUUGUAAUUCAGAUAAACGUUUUAGUAUGUCAUAAAUAAAAUAUUAGAUGUUGAGUCUAAUUGGUGAACAUGGAUUUGACAGCUAAUGCCACUUGAAGUAUUUAUUGUUUGUGAAUUUAAUCAUGUUAUCUUCCGUCCUAUUAUUUAUCAAUGUGUCUGAAUGUUUCAAAGUAUUUUUUUAUGUUGUUUCUUUGUAUAUUAAUUUAAUGACUUUGUUUAUAGGCAAACAAUUAUAUUCUUAUAACAUAUAUCUUAAUAAAUUUAAUUUGUU